CCAAGCCAGGAGUCGGCUUAGCGCGUGAGGCUUCUCGGCAGAUCGUGGCCGGUGGUUCCGCGGGUCUUGUAGAAAUUUGCCUGAUGCACCCCCUCGAUGUGGUGAAAACCAGGUUCCAGAUUCAGAGAUGCACAUCUGAUCCAAACAGUUACAAAAGCUUAGGAGAAAGCUUUCGAAUGAUUUUCAAAACAGAAGGGUUGUUUGGUUUUUACAAGGGAAUUCUGCCACCCAUCUUGGCUGAAACUCCAAAAAGAGCAGUGAAGUUUUUCACCUUUGAGCAAUACAAGAAAUUGCUAGGAUAUGUAUCACUGUCACCAGCAUUGACAUUUGCCAUUGCUGGAUUGGGAUCUGGACUAACAGAAGCCAUCGUGGUUAACCCUUUUGAGGUAGUGAAAGUUGGCUUGCAAGCCAAUCGGAACACAUUUACAGAGCAACCAUCCACCAUAGGUUAUGCAAGACAAAUCAUUAAGAAGGAAGGCUUGGGACUCCAGGGCCUCAACAAAGGAUUUACAGCAACUUUGGGACGUCAUGGAGUUUUCAACAUGGUUUAUUUUGGCUUCUACUUCAAUGUCAAAAACAUUAUUCCUGUCAAUAAGGAUCCAACCUUGGAGUUUUUGAGAAAAUUUGGGAUUGGUCUUCUCUCGGGGACAAUAGCCUCAGUCAUUAACAUCCCUUUUGAUGUUGCCAAAAGUAGGAUUCAAGGGCCUCAGCCAGUUCCUGGAGAGAUCAAGUACAGAACCUGUUUCAAAACAAUGGCAACAGUCUAUCAGGAAGAAGGGAUUUUAGCACUGUACAAAGGCCUUCUCCCCAAGAUUAUGAGACUUGGACCAGGUGGUGCGGUGAUGCUGCUGGUUUAUGAAUACACCUAUUCAUGGCUUCAGGAGAACUGGUAAUACUCUUGAGCCUGUGUAAGAGAGUACGGAGAGUACUGUCUGCAUCAAAACCAUGAAAUUGAACUUCAACCUUCCAUGGGGAUGAAACGGCACAGGAUUUCGGAAGAGUGCAUUUGUCAGUUUAAAAACAACACUUUCACCCUUUAAGAAACAAAGGAAAUACGUUAACAUUAACCAAUAAUGUUUAAAAAUCAAACAGUCCCAAUCCCAUAGCCUGUCUUGCUUGCUUUGUCGUAUUUUUUAAAGUGGCUUUAUAUCACAAUUUCCUUUGAAUAGCAAAUUAUAUUUGGGUUUCUGUUGUCUUUUUAAACUUCCUCCAUGUGAAUUCACUGUUUUAAAGACAAGGCCUAGGAGGAAGAAAGAAAAGGGAAUUUUGAUAUCAUUAAUAUUCAAUUUUUUUAAAAUACAAGAACCAGAAAAAUUAGAAAUUGCACGAUAACAAGAGAUUUCUUAAUUUAGAUAAAAUAACAUUUAGUUGUGUUUCCAUAUAAUUGAUAUUUUUCAAAACCCCUUAACAACCAACCACCUUAAAAACGUUUGAUCAAGAGUAAUUCUGUGCCUUACGUCAGUUUCUCUGGAUGGUCGGAGAGUUCCUGUACGGUACGGUUUUAAAGUCUCCACAAAAAUAUUGGAUUAGAUCUUUGUUCCAUUUGGUUUAUAGUCUAUUUUUUCACCAGACUGGGAACUCCAGAUGUCAAUGGGAGUUUUAUAAGAUCAAAGGAAGACUAUGGCCCUGAGAGUUCAUCUGCUCUUUCUGCUUAUUCUUCGCCUAAAGUGUAAUCCUCUGUUUGUAGCAAUGAAUUUUGGUUGCUUUAGAAAUAAAUGCAGUUCAAAGCUCUCUAGAAGAUAUCUGCUGCUUGAAAAAAGCAGUUUCUUGAACAUAACUUGUGUGUCAGAAAUCUGCUUACUGUUUACUUCCUAGUGAUUUGAAAACCUAGCUAAUCUAGCCAUCUGAAUUUUAAAUGAAGCCAUGAAACCAACGUGGUGGAACUGGAUUGCCAUGUAGGCUGUGCAUAGCACAGAUAGGAAGAACUCAAAAUCACCUAAUGAAUGCGUCUUUAACAUCCAUCUCUAAUGAGGUGCCCUUUCAGUUAUUGCACAGAAUCGAUACCAAAAUCCCCUACAAUAUAUUAAUUUUCCCAUAGAUGAAUUGUAGCAAUGUUCUAAAAACAUAUUUCUAAGCCUAUAUCACCAAGCAGGAAGAACUUCCUAACCAGAAGGGAUAAAAACCAUAGAAUUUUGCCCCAGAAAAUCAAUUGUUUUAAAAUAUAACACAAAAUCACACGUUCACACACAUAUACCCCACAACUCUAUUAGUAACAUUAAAGUGGAAAAUAAAUUGGUCUAGAAGGGUUUAUCAGUUAAACUGUGUCCUAUAACUCCAGAAAUGAAAAAAAGGAAUUUGUUAAAAUUAAAUAGCAUGUGUAUUUCUAAUACCGCCACCAGUUUACCUAAACGUGAAACAUGCAUCUGUACAACAAUGUAAACUUCACAGCAAGCCAUUGUUACAUUCAUUAGAG